UCUCACCCGUCGUUUUGCCCAUCAUGGUGAAGAUUCAUGCUUUUGCGAAGCAUUUCCGCCAUGAGGAGGCUGAUGUAUCAGCGGCAAUUACAGACCUUACCGAGGGUGCACCUACGGACAGUCUGUCAAACGAGAACGUGUCGGUGCACCAGGCGACCGGGUCCAGUCGAAUCGAGUCAUUCUACGCCGUCUUCGGUCGAUCCUGGCGGUUUUGGGGAUUCUGUGCCGCCUUUCUUACCUGGACGUUUGCCAUUAGCCUCGAUAGCGAUACAACCUAUGUGUACCUUCAGUUUGCUACUUCUGAAUACUCUAGCCAGCCAGUGAUAGGGACUAUCUCCAUCAUUACUUCGAUCAUCUCUGGUGUAACUUCUCCCUUCUGGUAAGGCAUCAUUCUGUUCAGCUUGUGAAUGUCUCGGGGCGAACACUGAUUUUAAAGGGCGGAAAUGGCCAACUUCACCACCCGUCCAACGACGUUACUCCUCUCUACUUGCAUAUACACGCUCGGAUAUCUUGUGACCGCCGUGUCAUCGACCGUAUCCGCAGUGUGCGCGGGACAAAUUGUCUACACGCUCGGAAAUUCUGGGUUGGAGUAUCUGGAAACCCUGCUUGUCGCCGAUCUGACCACAUUGCAAUGGCGGGGCUUCAUGAUCAGUGUUCUGGAUCUCUCAUACAUACCAUUUGCUUUUGUUGCUGGAAAUAUUACCGACGGCUUAGGAUUGCAAAAUUGGCGAUGGGGUUUUGGUAUGUUCUGCAUCAUCAUGCCUGUGUGCCUCGCGCCUAUUAUCAUUGCCCUCUAUUGGGCUGACCGUCGCGCCAUCAAGCUGGGCUUAAACUCUUCGACUGCUCCAUCUCGCGAGAUGCACGCGCAGUCUGCUCAUGGCACCAAAAGUUCUACAGUCUCAGCAAUCUGGUCCCGUUUGAAGACAGCCGAUCUCUUCGGCUUUGUCCUCCUCGGCUUCUCCUUCGCCCUCCUGCUGGCUCCUUCUAGUCUGUCCUACACGGCGUCUCACGGAUGGAAAAAUCCUUCGCUUAUCGCUAUGCAGACUGUCGGAGGUAUUUUGUUCAUCGCACUGAUUUUGUGGGAGGGAUGGGGCACUCGUUACCCUUUGAUGCCGAAGAGAAUCCUCAAUCGGACUUUCGUCCUCUGCGUCGGCAUUGAAUUCCUCUACGAGCUCGGAUCCAAUUUGACCGACACCUUUUGGUCGACACGGUUGUACGUCAUCCAAGACUAUUCAACCCGUGAUUAUACCUACAUGAACCAGAUCGAAACGGUCACCGUCUGCUUCUUCGGUCUCAUAGCAGGGAUCAUCCAGCGAUACACACAUCGCUACAAGACUCUACAGAUCGUCUCGCUCGCAAUCCGCAUCGUCGGUGCAGGAAUCAACUAUUACUCGUCUGGCGGGCACUACAACACCGCAACACUCUUCUGGGCUCAAUUUCUUCUCAACCUUGGCGGAUGCAUGUCGGUCACAUGUUCAACCGUGGCUUCGCAAGGCUCAGUGCAUCAUACCGACCUCAGCAUCGCUGUCGCUCUGCUGGGCCUCUGGUCGUCCUUGGGAGGAUCGAUAGGGUCUGCCAUCUCUACGGGGAUAUGGACUCAUCAAUUGCCUCGACAGCUGAGGAGAUAUGCUGGAGACUUCCUCUCCGCCGACGAUAUCGCCGCAAUCGUGGGCGACGUGAACACGGCGAAAUCCGCCAAUCCCCACGAUAUGGUCAUUCGAUCGUUCAACGCUGCCUAUCGUCAACUAUGCAUCCCUCAGCUCGUGAUUGUCUUCAUUCCUUUCGCCCUCGCAUUCUUUACGGAGGAUUUUCGUCUCGAUUCGCGUCAGAAUGCAAGGGAAGAGACUUCGUAUUAAGGAAAAAAGCAACGAUUUCCUCCGAACAGAAAUAUCAGAUCGGGUGAAGUGGCAAGGUUAAAUUUUGAUGGCGUCUCUUCUGCGAGUUAAUUCUUCUCUGCCAGAGUGUGCAUACCCGUUUGCAGAGAUUAUUCUGCUUUGAGAAUAUCUGACCCAUUCAGCCUUUUCUCGAGGGUAUGGAAACAUUUGAUAAGUUUUAAUAAGUGUUAUGAAGGAAGAGUAGAUUUGGACCCACUUGGGG